AUGCCUGUUCCCUCUACUGAUUACGAUAAGAACGAACAUUAUGCAAGCUUUGCUACUACAUCUCGUUUAGUCGCUUGCUUGACCAGUGAGUCCUUGCUUCCCGUCUACUAUGUGCCGGCUGCUGUCGAGGCUGACAACUUCAUUGGCCUCUGUCUGUUGCUUCGUCCUGUCAAGAACAAGGAAGAUGACCUUAUCCAUCAAGUGACAUUGGACUCCAUCUUGGCUGUCAUCCCCUUGCGCGGUCUUCCUAUCUUGGACUUGACUACCACUGCUAAUUGGAAUGGCAUCGUCUGCACUCGCAUCGAUUUGGUGGACAAUCUUGACAUGCAGCCUCACAUCUACUCCAUAGCCGCUGGUGCCAGUGAUAAGUCGAGUGCUAGCACCCAACAUGUCAAGCAAACCUUGGUCUCCAUCUUAUCUACCCAGCAACAGCAGCCCGGUGAGUUCCAUUUGGAAGAUGGCUAUGACGCAGUUCACAUGUGGGAUCGCUUCGCUCAUGAUUUGGAAGUCAAUGGCAAAUUGAGAGAACAGAUUGGCCAAGAGUUGGGUUCCUCCAUCAACUUUCAAAAAUACACAUACGAUCAUCCCAAACACUUGCCAGGAUUGCAAUCAUCUACGAUUGCUUGGGAACAAUCUGUUGUUGAAGGACACGCUACACAUCCUAUGCACAAGGCUCGUAAGAGUUAUCCUCCCAUGAAGGUUUUACUUCCUGGAUCUUACGAUUUGGAGCAUCCAAAGAUUCGUCUUGUGGGUCUUCCCAAGGAAAGCGCGUUGCUUCGGGGCAACUAUGAAGAGCUUGCUCAACCUUUGGUCGAUGCUCUCCUGGAAGCGGGUGGAAAUGCUAACGAAAUGCGCGCUAAAUUCAACAACCAUGCAUUCAUUGCCAUCCACGAACUUCAAUUACCCAACGUCGAGCAAAAGUUCCAUGACGCUUACAUCUUCCCUGAGCAGUACUCUAUCCAUGUGGAGGCUUUGGCAUCGCUUCGUUCAGUCGCCCGACCUGACGUUCUGCCUGGUUUGAGUGUCAAGCUGUGCUUGGGUGUCAAGAUUUCAUCUGCUCUCCGUACCGUCACUCCCUUCACUACCUACUUUGGCCCUGGUUUCUCCAAGCUAGUGCCCAAGCUCACUUAUGACCGUGAAGUGCUAUAUGUUGAACGUGAAUUAGGUACCAUUACUUAUCGUCACGAGGACUCGGAUGUAGCCAAACAUUGUAGCAGUGUUAUCCGUGAAGCCAUUGAAUACAGCCCCGAAUACAAGGAUGACUUGUUCAUUCCCUGUGGUGCUCUUGUGGAGAAGAUUCAAAGACCUGAUACUGACGAGACACUGGUUACCCGUGUUUGGGGCUUGGAUACUGAGGAAAAGAAGGUUGCAUUUUUGGAAAGAUAUGUCGACUUGGCCCUCCGCGCUUUCUUGCCACCUUGUUUGGAGAAUGGUGUCGCUUUUGAGGCUCAUGGUCAAAACACCUUGGCUAGGUUCGAUAGAAAGACUGGCGAAUUAAAGGGCUUUGUUAUUCGUGAUUUCGGUGGUGUCAAGGUGCACAAUGAGACACUCAAGCAAUCUACCGGCGAGGAAUUGGACAUUUUACCUGACAGUUGUGUCGAAGCUCAUACCCUGGAUGAAGUCUCCAAGCUUUUAUACCAUACUCUCUUCCACUGUCAAUUCCAACGUUUGAUUCGUGUCUUGGAUCUUCACUACAACGGUGCUGGUUGGGAAAUUGUUCGCAACAAGAUGUCUGAAUUGAUCCCCAAAGACCACAUCAUGUGGCCCAUGUUUAUGGGACACGAAAAGGUGCCUGGUAAAUGCUUGGUUCGCAUGAAGAUUGAUGAACUGUACCGCGAUUACAUUUACCGUCCUGUUCCCAACAUGAUCUUGUUCAAGCCUCAACAAGUGCCUCGUGUUUAA